CAGCUUGGUUAGCACAGCUUCCUGCUCCCUGCUCUCUCUCGCCUACAGCACUAUGGCCUACACCAUGGCACCAACCGUCUACCUCUCCUGUCUCCUGGCCCUGUUGGUGGCAGGCCUGACUCAAGACAUCAAGGACUCCCUCUGGGAGAAGGACCUAGAUCCCGACUUCCUGAAGCUGAAACAGGUCUUCGAGUUGUUCCGCGCCCAAUACGACCGGAGUUACUCAAACCCCAAAGAGUAUGCUCGUCGCCUGGAGAUCUUUGCACACAACCUAGCCCAGGCUCGGAAGAUGGAAGCAGAAGACUUGGGCACGGCCGAGUUCGGGAUGACUCCAUUCAGUGACCUCACAGAGGAGGAGUUUGAGCAGCUCCAUGGGCACCAGAAGAUAACACCUGGAGAGACUCCUGGUGUGGGCAGAAAGGUGGGGUCUGAAGUGGUGGUGGAGUCAGUGCCCCCUAGCUGCGACUGGCGCAAGUUGAAGGGCGUCAAGUCACCCAUCAAGCAGCAGGGAAACUGCAACUGCUGCUGGGCCAUGGCUGCCGCGGGCAACAUCGAGGCACUGUGGCGCAUCAGAUACAACCGGUCUGUGCAAGUCUCCGUGCAGGAGCUGCUCGACUGCAACCGCUGCGGGGACGGCUGCAAGGGUGGCUUCGUCUGGGACGCAUUCGUAACUGUCCUCAACAACAGUGGGCUGGCCAGCGAAAAGGACUACCCAUUCCGGGGGAGCCUCAAACGCCAUAAGUGUCUGGCCAGUAACUACAAGAAGGUGGCCUGGAUCCAGGACUUCAUCAUGCUACAGAACAAUGAGCAGACGAUCGCCCAGUACCUGGCCGCCCAUGGCCCCAUCACCGUGACCAUCAACAUGAAGCUACUGCAGCAAUACAAGAAGGGUGUGAUCAAGGCCACACCUGCCACCUGUGACCCCUACCUUGUGAACCAUUCUGUCCUGCUUGUGGGUUUUGGGAAGACCAACUCAACGGAGAGGAGGAGGGCAAAGGGAGGCCAUUCCCGGCUUCAUCCUCACCGCCCAAUCCCAUACUGGAUCCUGAAGAACUCCUGGGGUGCUGAAUGGGGUGAGGAGGGCUAUUUCCGGCUGCAUCGUGGGAGUAAUACGUGCGGCAUCACCAAGUUCCCGCUCACAGCCCGCGUGGACCUACAGGGGAAGAAGGCCCCAGUGUCCUGCCCUCGCUGAGCCUGUGCCGCCGAGCUUCAGCCCUCUCCCACUAUGCCCGCUGCCUCCUCGUUGGCCCCACCAAAGGCUUUUGCCCAUCCUCCUGAUCUUGCUAUGGCUUGAAUAAACCAAGAUGAGCUCCUUG